GGAAAUGAAUGCCACAGAACUAUAGAAAAACUUGUGAUGAUACUAGCAUGCUGGGUUUGUCACCUACACAGCAGAAGGCAUUUUACAGGAACUGCUGCCAUGUCCCACCAACCUCUCAGCUGCCUGACUGAAAAGGGGGACAGCCCCCACAAAACCGCAGGAAAUGGACCCCCCAACCUGGCUCACCCCAACCUGGACACGUUCACCCCAGAGGAGUUGCUGCAGCAGAUGAAAGAGCUCCUCACGGAGAACCACCAGCUGAAAGAAGCCAUGAAACUCAAUAAUCAAGCCAUGAAAGGGCGGUUUGAGGAGCUUUCAGCCUGGACGGAGAAACAGAAGGAAGAACGCCAGUUUUUUGAAAUACAAAGCAAAGAAGCCAAAGAGCGCCUAAUGGCCUUGAGUCAUGAAAAUGAGAAAUUGAAGGAAGAGCUGGGAAGACUAAAAGGGAGAUCAGAAAGGCCAUUCGAGGACCCCGCUGGUGACUCCAGGCUCCCCAUCACGGAUGCAGAACAGGAAGUGGACCAGCUGAGGACCCAGGUGGCACGGCUGCAAGCAGAGAAGGCAGAUCUGCUGGGCAUCGUGUCCGAACUGCAGCUCAAGCUGAAUUCCAGUGGCUCCUUAGAAGACUCCUUUGUUGAAAUUAGGAUGACUGAAGGAGGAGCAAUUGGAUCAAUCAAAGAAGUCAAGAAUUGCCCUGGGCCCAUGAGAACAGACUCCAUUGACAAGAGUAAGUCUGCAGAUGGUACCAAGAAUUAUUUGGAAUGUGAAGAAUUAACUGUGAGCCAACUCCUGCUUUGUCUGAGAGAAGGGAAUCAGAAGGUUGAAAGACUUGAAAUUGCACUCAGGGAUGCUGAAGAAAGAAUUUCAGAUUUUGAAAAGAAGGCAAAUGAUUGUUCUGAGAUUGAGACCCAGACAGAGGGGAGCACAGAAAAAGAGAAUGAAGAGGAGAAAGGCCCAGAAACUGUUGGAAGUGAAGUGGAAACACUGAACCUUCAGGUGACGUCCCUGUUUAAGGAGCUUCAAGAGGCUCAUACUAAACUCAGUGAAGCGGAGCUAAUGAAGAAGAGGCUUCAGGAAAAGUGUCAGACUCUUGAAAGGAAAAAUUCCGCAACCCCAUCAGAGUUGAACGAAAAGCAAGAGCUUGUUUACAACAACAGAAAGUUAGAGCUGCAAGUGGAAAGCAUGCGGUCAGAAAUCAAAAUGGAGCAAGCUAAAACAGAGGAUGAAAAGUCCAAAUUAGCCAUCCUACAGUUGACACACAACAGGCUUCUCCAAGAACAUAAUAAUGCCUUGAAAACAAUUGAGGAACUAACAAGAAAGGAGUCGGAAAAAGUGGAUAAGGCAGUGCUACAGGAACUGAAUGGAAAACUAGAGCUGGCAGAAAAGGCCCUGGCGUCCAAGCAGCUUCAGAUGGAUGAGAUGAAGCAGACCAUCGCCAAGCAGGAGGUGGACCUGGAGACCAUGGCUGUCCUCAGGGCUCAGAUGGAGGUUUACUGUUCUGACUUUCAUGCAGAAAGAGAAGCAAGAGAGAAGAUUCAUGAAGAAAAGGAGCAGCUGGCAUUGCAGCUGGCAAUUUUGCUGAAAGAGAACAAUGCUUUUGAGGAUGGUGGCAGUAGGCAGUCUUUGAUGGAAAUGCAGAGUCGUCAUGGAGCGAGAACAAGUGACCCCGACCAGCAGGCUUACCUUGUUCAAAGAGGAGCUGAGGAUAGAAGCUGGCCGCAGCAACAGAAUAUUCCGCUUCAUUCUUGCCCCAAAUGCGGAGAGGUUCUCCCCGACAUAGACACGUUGCAGAUUCAUGUGAUGGAUUGCAUCAUUUAAGUGUUGGUGUGUCAUCUCCCCAAACCUGUUGGUAAACGUCAGCUUUUUUUCCCUCUAAGAGUUGUACUUUUGUGUUAUUUGGUUUCACUCAAAUACUUUGCCUCAUGCUGGUUUUAAUAGAAAGAAAAUGUACCUGUCCUAAGUAGAAUGCUUUUUGUGGAGUUCCAUAAACUCGCAGAAUAGAAUCCUCAACUACCACCCUUUUGAUAAUAACUCCAGGAUUUUUGGCAUUUGGUUUAUGUAAGCAACCACCCUGUUCAUGCAGUUGACCAGCAUGUGACAUCACGUGACAGAGCUCAUGCAACUAGAUAGAAGAAACUUCACUGAUAAUUUGAAGAGCCUUUUAAGGAGGCAGGAAAAAUGACAUGCUCACAGAUUUAAUCAAGAAAAGUGUCUUGGAAGUAUUUUUUUAAAUAAAUUAUAUUGUUACUUUUCUU